GAGUCUUUUCCAAUGAGUCAGCUCUUCUUAUCAGGUGGCCAAAGUCUUGGAGCUUCAGCUUCAGCGUCAAUCCUUCCAAUGAAUAGUCAGAACUGAUUUCCUUUAGGAUUGACUGGCUUGAAUGAUACUUCUAGCUAAUUCCCUGAAGAGUAUUUGAGAGUCCAGUGAAGUCAUUCACUGAGGGGUAGAGAGCCCCUCUUCACUCUGAUGGCAGAAAUCCAUCAGGCAGGCUGGAAUGGCUCCCUUUUACCCUCUUUAUUCUCCUUUCAGCUUUUCAGUCCUUCCUCUUCUUGCCAGGUCUCUCCGGCCCUUCGAGUUCCUUCUACCCAAUGCUCAGUUAAUAGCUUCCCAGGUGGCUCAGUGGUAAAGCAUCCUCCUGCCCAUAGGAGACCCAGGUUCGAUCCUUGGGUCAGGAAGAUCCCCUGGAGAAGGAGAUGGCACCCCACUCCAGUAUUGUUGCCUGGAAAAUCCCAUAGACAGAGGAGCCGGGCGGGCUACAGUCCAUAGGGUCGCAAAGAGCUGGACAUGCCUGAGCAGCCAAACGACAAGAGCAGUGCUCAGCCGGCCCUGGGGAAGGCCCAGGAAAGUCGGAUGCAGGCCCCGCGCGAUUGCCAGGCCCCUCGGACUGCAGACAGGGCCUUUUGGGAAGGAGGGAGUGAGGUUCCUUUGCUUUCCAGGUUCCUCUGGGGUUUCCCCUGAAAAACCACCCACCUUUGUUAAUACCACAAGGGAUAUUUUCCCUUUGUGUGCGCUUAGUUUCACUGGGUAACUUUCUCACCCUCCCCAUAAAGUGUUUUGUAAGGACAGUAGCAGGGCCCCUGGCGUGCACUCUUGAGUGUGGGUGUUUACAGCCGGCUGUGCAGUGCUUUCAGCUCACACCGGGUAUUCAUGGAUUAGCCGACAAAUGGACACCCUACUGGGUGUUUUCCUGACUUAGAAGCAGAAGAAUGAACAUUUUCCCCUCAGGGGAGCCAUUUCUGUAUUACCAUAAAAUUAUUAACAUCACUAGAAUAAGAGCAUGGACCACAUAGGUGGAAAUCAGAGCAAUUGGAAUCUGAAUAACAAAAUGAAUAUAGUCCAUCUUUCCUGAGUGAAAGUUUUUGAGCUAUUUGUAUUCAUGGAGUAAUUUCAAUUACAAUGAUGAUAAGUUUUCUUAGUUAAAUUGUAGGAUAAAUAGCCAAGAAAUGGUAUUUCUAAGACGUAUGUGUGAUGUUGGUCAAAGUAGGCAGAGAUGGUAAAUAAAAUGGCAUUUUGGUUGGGCAAAGUGGCCUUUAACAGUAUAUCCAGAACUCCUUUUUCUGAAUUUUGAACUGGUUGGUCUUUUCUUCUGCCUUGAGAGGAUCCAGAAAUACUUUUUCAAAUGACAAAACACUGGUGUUUUUAUAACACAAAUACUUUACAAAUAAACCCAUGUCAUGUUUUAUUACCAGCCAGCCACUGGUCAUGAAGAGUAACUCCAGUAACUCCAGCAGUGGUCACGAGGACUUAGUAAAUGGCCUCAGCUGGUGGCUGUUCAUAGAAUAGAUGCCGUGGACCCUUCUCGAAGUGACCAGGAUGGCCUAUCUAAUGCUAGGUGAAUACUCUGUCCAAAAUAGGAAGGCCAGGGUAGUCAUUACAUAGUGCAAGAUAACCUCAGCACUCUACUGCUUAGGGACCCAUGGGCGCUUUUUUAAAAUGAUUUCAAUUGGGUGGCAAAAUCAAAACUUUUAAAUAGCAGAUGACAGAACUUUGAAUUUUUCGGAGAACUGGUACAUCCUCCCAGACCAACACUGUACAUUUCAGAGGUCACAGAAGGUCAGAUUAAAAACAAGGUGCAGUUUCCAAGACAAGCUGUGGGACUCUCACAAUCCAUUUGGCAGCGGUUGCCAUGGAUGAGUCUAGCCUCUGAGUUCUAAGACCUAAGCAUGUUUUCUUAAAUUGUAGAAUAAACAGUCCAGACAUGGUAUGGCUCAUAAGUAUGUAUGACAUUGGUCAAAGUGUGACCUACAUAUGAUAGAAGCAGCAAAAUCAUAAAUAAAUAAAACAGAGAUUUUGAGAACAUGUUUUAUUUUGAAAAAUAAAACCGAUUUUGUUGGCCAUUUGGGUGAGAAGGGCUGGAGGAGCAUAGCCUGUUGGUGUCUGUGCUCUUAGAGAUGAUGGGCUCCAUCUCUGCCUUUCCAGGUGGAGACUGAAAUGUAAGGCUGCCUCCCGCAAGAACCUGGAUAUUUUGAGACUCAGAUACACGGCCCUCUGUACAUAUCCCUUCACCUCUCCUAAAGACGACAUAGGAAGGUGACACUUGGUUAUUUCAAAAGUAACCGAGAUGUUGAGACAAGAGGCAAACAAAAAAACGUUUAGGACUGCUAAAACCUCUUGUGGGGUCUCCUGGGGCCACAGUGGUGGUGGCUGAGCAGAAUAGCGCUGGGACAUCAGCAGAGGUGGUCCUCUCCCUGAUGGGGGUGACUAGAGAUGAGUGUGAGGCAGGGGUUUCCCACUGAGACUCGAGACUGUCCACAUCUUAGGGUGUCAGCACUGGGGAGCCCCCCUCCCACCCCAGAGGGAUAGACGACCUCAGAAGGAUUGCCUAGUCCAAGGUUGCAAGGCUGAGCAGGGACUGACCCCGGAUGGAAUCCCGGGCUCUGUCCUCUCCAGCUCUGCAGUGAGACUUUGUCACUUGGCGCCAGUGUGAGUUUGAGGAGCUUCCGGAGACAGGGCCUCUCUGUCUGAAUCUGCCGCCGCCCUUGGCUGCCGGUUUUCCGGUUUUUACUGGGAAACUGCCAGUUCUGCCUUGGAGUGACAUGCAAGACCCAGGAGCUGGGAGAGGUGCCCCUGACCCGCAUGCUUUUCCCUUUUUGGAGACAAUAUACUGUAUUCUGUGGCCCGUGGCAGCCUAACUUCAGAAUUUACUUAAUGCACCUCCAUGCCUGCUGAACUUUCCAAUGGAAAGUGUUUCUCCCUUCGUGUUCUGAAUGUGGUAAAUGCAUGCAGUGAAAUCAGCCUGCCUUGCCCUCCUUCCAGAGUAAGUUGCCACAGGCUGAGAGCAGACAAGCUGCACCACGUGGAAUUUUUACUUAAACACAGAUAGGCAGCUGGGAGCACUGGAACCAGUCUGAGCUUUGAAACCAAACCGACUGAGUCCACUUUUAUGAGCCACGUGACCUUGGGAAGAUAGAUAUUUAUCUUCUCUGAGCCUGUUUCCUGCUCUAUAAAGUACAAAUACUAUGCAACCCCUGUUUUAACCUUGCAGGGAUGUCAUUGGAGUUCAAGUUCAGGUUGGGACCUUUCUCUUGUGACUAUUAAGUACACCAAGGAAGCCAUCGCUUAUAAUACAGGAUGAUACCAUUUCUAAUAUGAGGAAUUUUAAAGCAAAUAUGCCAGAGGACUACCCUGAUCAGUUUGAUGAUGUCAUGGAUUUUAUUCAAGCUACCAUUCGAAGACUGAAAAGGUCACCAGAGAAACAAAUGGCCGUGCUUCCUCGGAGAGAGCGGCACCGGCAGGGGGCGGCCACCAGCCCGGAGAGUGCCAGAGGGAAAGGCCGGCGCGGCCAGAGGGGCCGAAAUCGGGGCUGCGUCCUCACCGCCGUGCAUCUAAACGUCACUGACUUGGGUUUGGGCUACGAAACCAAGGAGGAACUCAUUUUCAGGUACUGCAGCGGCUCCUGCGAUGCAGCCGAAACAAUGUACGACAAAAUAUUAAAAAACUUAUCCAAAAGUAGAAGGCUGGUGAGUGACAAAGUCGGGCAGGCGUGUUGCAGACCCAUCGCCUUUGAUGACGACCUGUCCUUUUUAGAUGAUAACUUGGUUUACCAUAUUCUAAGAAAGCAUUCCGCUAAAAGGUGUGGAUGUAUCUGACUCCGGCUCCAGAGACCGCUGUGUAUUGCAUUCCUGCUACAGUGCAAAGAAAGGGACCAAGGUUCCCAGAAAAUGUUUGCCCAGAGUGGAAGAUGAGGACCAAGGAGGCAGAGGAGGAGGAAGUGGAGGCAGAGGAGGAGGAAGGCAGCCAUUGUGGGAGCCUGGUGGAGGGAGAUCCAGCUACAGAAAACUGGACAGGAGAGAGAGAAAAGACAGCCGUCCGCCUUCUCCCGGAUGGCAGCUGACGUCACCGGAAGCUCAGGGCCGGUGUCCCUGGUUGGGUGUUGCCAUCGUUUCAUCUGAUACAGUCCACCGCCAUGGGUCCCGGGCGCAGUCGCGGAUGCACUUGAAACCAAACCAGUGUAUCUCCUGUGGUUUGCUUUCACAUGUCUAGAGACACCAGGGAAACGGUCCUCCUGGUGUCAUUCCUUGUCAUUGUUUUACUGCUGAAAGCAAGAAAGGUUUAUUUUUCUGUCACUCAGUGGAGACAUACCCCGGAAAGGAGGGGGAGAAAAAAAAAAUCAAAGAUCCAGGAGAGAUAGUAACCUUUGCUCUGGAAGGUUCAGGCCUGAGGUUUACUCCAACCAGCAUUUUGGGGAACGGUGGGUGAUUGAUUUUGAACAUGGUGUGUGGGGUGGGAAGAAGUUGGCUAGGAACCAAAAAGGCUGUCCUCAUGACUAAAACCAAACCUGAAGGUAUUUCCUUUCUGCCCUUGGAAACAGGAAACCAGUGUGGUUUUUCGGCAGCAUUCUUGCAGGAGAGCGUGCGGGAAGGCCCCCAGCUGCACCGGGGCAGGGAGGCCGCUGGGCUGUCGGUUUACAGAGAGACAGAUGUUACAUACACCCCAGCUCCGUUAUGCGUGGUCACCAGUGACCAGAGAAGCUACUCGAUGCAAUGCAUCUGUUUCAGAUACAGAAAUAUAGAGAAGAUAUUUAUUGAGAUUUAAGUUAUUGUUAUUUAUUACCGUUCACUAAUGAGUUUCUCUCUUUUUUCCCUUAUUUAUUAAAGUUUCUUUUCAAAGGUGCCAAAGUAUAUGUGCUCACAAAAUGCAAAGGAAGGUGGCAAAGGAAAUUUUAAUUGGGGUCAAGGGUCCAUGCUUUUCAAAGUAUUAAAAAGACUUUCGCUAGGCAAAAAUCACUUACUUUACCUUUUUAAGAAAAGCCCUUGUGUGAUUCCACCCCCCUCUACCCCCCAGGUCUCAGCAUCUUACCUGGUUUUAUAUGUUAGAGAGGAACAUGUCAGAAGGAACAUUUCUGAUGGGCCUUCCUUUUCAGGAGCAGUGUGUGGAGACCGUGGCAUUUGCCCUCAUUUCUACAUGGUUCCCUGUCCCAGCAGACAGGCCAUGUGCUCCAUUUCCUGCUGUGUUGAAGCUCUCACCCUCCCAUCCACAUGUAUCUAUCUGUGAUAUGCAUAACCACAUAUGUCAAAGGUUAAAGUCUCUUUAGUAGGUGGUGCUGGACUCAAUGUUGACCUCAAAGUAACAGUUCUCUCAAGUAGCCGGGGUUCUGCCCUGAUAGUGGAGACUCUUCCCCUAUCCUUCCAUCCAUCCACUACCUUCUUGAGAAACACGUCUAGGCCCAGCAUAGCCAAGGAGUGCUGCAGACCUUCUGGAAGUGGGGUCAGCCUGGUUGCCAUACAAGCCACCAGGGGCUGCCCCCAUACACCUGACUCCUCCUCAGAAGAAGGUGGUCGGGAAGGGUGGAUGUGGAAGACGGGCCCUGGCCCAGCCUCGGCAUGCCUGCCCCACCACAUGGAUACUGAAAGCCUUUGACAGGGCAGGGACACAGGGUGAGAAAAGCUAUCUCAGCCACCAGGUCAUGGAUUUGUCUGGUCGCUGCUGCCAUGCUCAAUGCACUGGGCCCUAUUUUAAGAGCUUGUGACAUAUCUCAUAAGAGGGAUUUUUAUCAAAGAGGUUAUCUAUCACUACAUCACUACCUUAGUGGCUAUUAGCUCAAGUGGUACAGAUUUGGCAAAUAAAUAGCCUACUGGCCUCCCUCAAAUAAUCAUGUAAAUUUUACCAAGUAAUCAAGAAGCACCAGACAUCCCUUCCCCACCCCCACCCCCAAGGACCCAAGCUGCCCAUCACUCUGCCCGCUCUGUUCUUUCUGCUCCCCUUGCACGACUCGGAAAUAGAGGAAAAGGGCCUGCCUCUCACCUUCUCUUGGGGCCUAAGGAGGGGAACUUGCUGAGGAAUGGCCUGCUCAAAAUAGGGACAGGUCGAGCUGACCGGUUGUUCAUGAAGUGCAAUUUGAUGCAGCCCCAGAUCAUCUGUCCAAUUCAGAGAGUCCUGGCAGGUCUGGUGGCCGGCGUCCCCAGGGGUCAGCCUUAGCCCCAGCUCCCUGUGGAGACUCUCUGCCCACAGGGGCGGUAGGAUUCAGCGGAUGCUGACAGCUCCUUCCCAGCAUCACCUACACACCAUAAGCAGGUUUUCACUGAGGCAAACCACUCCGCCAAAGCCACAAAAGGGUAAAGUUUGUGAUUUUUUCUUUAUUGUUGCGAUUACCAUCUGAUCCAGUAAGGAGUGCACUUCUUUGGAAGUUCUCACUACUCUGAUCUGUCUCAGUCGUUUGUGUUAUACAACCAAAGUUCUCUACAGACUUUAUUUUUGUACAAUAUUAUUUUGUAACUUUUUACAAAUAAAAACUCAUUUCUAUUGCUCUCUCUA